AUGCCUGGUUUGGAAAUUCCCGGCGAGUUUCUUCGGCAUGCAGUUCUUGACACCGUCGUGCCUUAUGCGCCAACGGUCGAUAUUGAAGGUUCCUUGACCGCGGCUCUAGAAGACGGAGCCGAUGACCUUUCCUCCGUGCUGGCUUCAAUUUCUCAGCGGCCACUGUUAUUUUUCGGUAUGUUUUGGGCCCUGCAAUUAUAUAUUUAUGCAUUCUGUCUUUGUCUGACAUCAAGCUUCAUAGACGAAUUUCUGCCCGUUCGCAUCGUCUUGCGACUUUCCGACUGCACAGAGACAACCCUCAAACAUUACCUCCCCCGCCUCGAAGUCAAACUUGAUGUCUAUGCCGUAGACCCAGCAGAGAAUGUUGCCGAGAAUCCCACCCCAACUCGUGAAGUGAUUUUCUCAGGCCUGGUGAACACCGAAGAGGAACCACUAGUGGUGUUCAACGAAUUUGAGGGCGAGGAUGGGAUAGGAAAUCAUGUAUAUCUGAUAUGGACCACUGAGACCGUCCUCAAGCGUCCUCGCAACCGAAUCCAGAAUCCCUCGCUUUUGUUUAUGGCCUCCGCAAGUCUAAAUCCCGCUGAAGCCGCACGACAAGAAGACCCGGAAGACGACUACCUCCCUCCACUCGUACCCGCAUCUACAAAUAUGCUACAGCCUUUAGCCGGUGAUAAAUCGCUUACGCACAGAGAGCCCUUUCUCCCCGCCUCGCGACUGUUGCGCGUGGUUCCCACUACCUCCAUUGAGGAUCCUAUAUACAAUAUUCAACAACAGCAUGGCCACCCUUUCCGAGUCGUCCCCGCCGCAAGCGCUAGGAUUCGCUACUCCCGUCUCAAUAACUAUACCGGCCUCCCUACAACCAUUGCCAGUUUGGAUUUCGAGAUCACACCUUACGUGAACAGUGAAGUGGUAUUCGACAAAGCAGACCUCCAGCUAUCAGAAGGAACACUCGAAUCCCUUUCCGAUACUCCAGGUCUAUCUCUCCCUCUCACAUGUCGCCCCAGAGAUGAUGUGACCUUGGUUUAUAAGCUGACACCUGAAUACGGCCCCGAGACCAAUGGCUCCUCUACAGUCAUGCUGAGCAUACUGGAGAUAGCUCUAGAAGCGGAGAUUCAGUUGUCGGAUGAUUGCAAGCCUCGAAUUUCAAUGCGAUGGACGACCAAUGUUGACUUCUCUGUGGCUUUGAAUCCCACCUAUGGGGGACCUAGUCCAGCGCUACAAAGGAAUAAUCGCCCGACAAGCUUAUCCAUGCCUCCGGGUAACUCGAGUCGGCCCGCGACCGCGACGGCGGCAGCGAACCGUAGCUCUCUACGCGAGCGAGCUUAUUCGGUUACAGAUAUUGGAGUGACGAUUUCCUUCUCGGGGCCCGUUAGCGUCGAAGUUGGGGCACCGUUCACUUGGAAUGUCUUUAUUGUGAACCGCUCCAAUGUACCUCGAAAGUUCGCAUUGAUUGCGAUUCCCCGGCGGAAGCGCCUAGACCCACGAGGACAUGCUGCGCGACCGUCCUCUGCAUCUAUCUCCAGUCGGAAGGAAGAUGGGGUGGCGGAGGCCGUGACAGACGACAAUAUUGUACAUGCCAUGCAAAAGAGCGUUGCAGGCCAAGAGGUUGAAUUGAUCAGUCUGAGUACUGACAUUCGUGUUGGGUGA